UACUUACCAAAAUCCCCGAAAUCCGCCGAAAUCCCAAAAUCAAAAUAAACACACUUUAUUUCAAUAAACUCAAAGUCAUAAAUUAUAAUAAAAUGAUGAAAUAAACUAGCCGACUAUGCCUCCAGACAACCUGAGUUUGUACCCUUUGAACACAUCAAUAACAUGUGAUGACCCAUUAAAACACCAUCCAAGCAUGCGGAAUGGGGUAAAACCACGGACCAGCAGGCUUGGCCAGUAGCCAGUAGCUGCCACAUCUACCAAUACCAAGCCCACACGACACAGGAAGACCAAGACCAUCAUGAAGAAACUCAGAAACUACCUAGUAAACGUCGAGAAGGAAUACCAAGUAUACUCAUCAUCCGAAAAUGUUAGUGAAGAAGAGCCCAAGAAACGCAAAAAACGUGGCAAAAAACGCAAAAAGAAACGAAAUAAGGAAAACAAGAGUGACACAGAUAGUUCAGAGUACGAAGACUCCGGGAGAAGAGAUAAGAAGCUGUUCUCCCGGAGUGUGCUCCAGCGCGAGGGGACGCUCCGGGACGCCUGCGACACUCCCCCGUACUGCAUGGGCUCGUGCCGCUCCGGCCACCGCCGCCGGCUGCCCUCGGGGCUGGAGAUCUUCGGGCCGCCGCCGCCCCCGCUGGGGGAACGCAAGUCAGUCAAGAAAGUGAGGACCCAAGAGCAAGGGGAAAUAGCCGUGAGCCAGAAUCUGUGCGACAUGGAACCGAAGUGCUCGGAGCCGUGCUCGGGGAGGCAGCAGGCGCAGCGGACCAAGCGGCGCGUGUUCGCGAGGUUCCGAAUGCCUCAGGGGAACCUCACGGCUCGGAUCAGCGAGAUUUGCUACUCACUUUGCAGGGAGUCGUGCAUUUUGGCGUCCAAUCUUUGGCAUCGUGCUACGAAAGAGCUGACGACGUUCGAGCAGGAGCAGCUCCACCCGCGGCUGCAGGCCGUGCUGCUGAAGAGCCUCAGCCAACUCACACUGCCGAUAGAGGAGGAGUCACCGGACGAGGACGAGUCUUCCAUCUCGUUCAGUGAAGGCAGCAAGAGGAAGAAGAAGAAGAUGAAGAGAAAAAGAGGGAAGAGCUCAUUCGACUCUGACUCAGACUCGUCGACGACAUCAAAGAAGAAGAAAAAAACUAAGAAGAAAAAGAGUAAAAAGACGAAGUCAACUUCCGAUGACGAAUCAGACGCCUCGAAAAAGAAAAAAAAGAAAAAGGGAAAGAAAACAAAAGGAAGUAAAUCCGAAUCAACAGACAGUGAUUACGAAUCAGAUUCGUCUACGAAAAAGAAGAAAAAAACAAAGAAGGAAAAGAAAAAGUGAAAGGGAAAGAAUCGAUGGAACACUCGUCCACAAGUUCCUCAAAGAAGAGCUGGUGGUAGUUUAAACAGCCAACAGACGUCCACUACUGAACAUAGGCUACUCACAAACAAACACUCACAGUAAAAAGCCUUUGGUCCGAUUUACAUCAAAUACUUUACUAAAUCAUGUUCUGUCUGAAUUUUUAAGAAUAUUACGUUUGUUAAACCAGUAUGAAGUAAAUCAAAGUUAGUAAUAAUUAA